AUCUUAAAAUUGAGCCACAGGCUUCAACUUUAUUACCAUUUCCGAUCGGUUUGGGUCCGCCGUCCGCAGGGGAGAGAGAGACAGAGAGGGGAUGGGUAGCGGCGGAGGCGGCGUGGUUAAGGACGUUGGCUCAAAGGCGGAGCUCGAUGAAGCGCUCCUCGGGGCGACGGCGGUGGUCGUCCACUUCUGGGCGUUUUGGUGCGAGGCAUCGAAGCAGAUGGAUCAAGUAUUCAGCCAUCUCGCCACAGACUUCCCUCAUGCUCUCUUCCUUAGGGUUGAAGCUGAAGAGCACCCAGAAAUUUCUGAGACUUAUGCAGUUUCAGCUGUUCCUUAUUUUAUAUUUUGCAAGGAUGGUAAAAGUGUUGAUACACUUGAGGGGGCAAACCCAACUGUUUUAGCUAACAAGGUUGCAAAACUUGUUGGACCUGCUGGCUCUGUAGAAUCUGCUUCACCUGCAAGUCUAGGGAUCGCUGCUGGCCCUACAGUUCUGGAAGUUGUGAGAAACAUGGCAACACAAAGUGUCUCUUCCAAAACUGAAGAAAUGAACUCUGGCCUCAGUGAUGAGCUGAGAAAGCGUAUACAGCAGCUUAUCGACUCAUACCCUAUUUUCUUAUUCAUGAAAGGAAGUCCAGAGCAACCUAAGUGUGGAUUCAGUCGAAAGGUGGUUAAUAUAUUGAAGAAUGAGGGAGUUGAAUUCAGAAGUUUUGACAUUCUUUUGGACAAUGAGGUACGUGAAGGAAUGAAGAAGUUCUCCAAUUGGCCUACUUUCCCUCAGCUCUUUUGCAAGAGUGAUCUUCUUGGCGGGUGUGAUAUUGUAGUUGCUAUGCAUGAAAGUGGUGAAUUGAAAGAUGUGUUCAAGGACCAUGGAAUUCCUAUCAUUUCAAAAGAAACCGAAAUUGCAAAAAAUUCAGAAAGUCCUAUACCAGAAAAAAGUGGCGACAUUUCUGAAUCCACAGGCCUUAGUGCCGAAGUUGCUUCUCGGCUUCAAACUCUUGUAAACUCAAGCCCUGUGAUAUUAUUCAUGAAAGGGAAACCAGAGGAACCAAAGUGUGGGUUCAGUCACAAGGUUGUUGAAAUUCUUCAGCAAGAGAAGGUUGCGUUUGAUAGCUUUGAUAUUUUAUCUGACGAUGAAGUGAGGCAGGGUCUAAAAGUUUUCUCUAAUUGGUCAAGUUAUCCCCAACUAUAUAUAGGAGGCGAACUGAUUGGAGGAUCUGAUAUUGUGUUGGAGAUGCAAAAGAGUGGGGAGUUGAAGAGGGUUUUAGCUGAAAAAGGAGUGGUUCCAAAGGUUACACUUGAGGAUAGGCUGAAAAACAUCAUCACGUCCUCACCAGUGAUGCUUUUCAUGAAGGGUACUCCUGAUGCACCGCGCUGUGGUUUCAGCUCAAAAGUUGUUAAUGCCCUUCAGAAAGAAGGAAUCAGUUUUGGGUCCUUUGAUAUCCUUUCUGAUGAAGAAGUGAGACAGGGAUUGAAGACCUAUUCUAACUGGCCAACCUAUCCUCAGCUUUACUACAAGGGCGAAUUGAUUGGAGGAUGUGAUAUUGUGAUGGAAUUGCAGAGCAGCGAGGAGCUCAAGUCAACUCUUUCAGAGUGAUGUUAAUGUUAUGGUUGUAGUGACAGUUAAUCAUGUUUCCCUUUGUGGUUCUAAUUCCAAUCCACUUGAUGUGUAUCGUACCAUUGUGUUGUUUGUUUUACCCUUGAUACCAUAUGCUGCUAGUUCACCUUCAGUUUUCUUUA